AUAUGUGCAGUGCACAUAUUGAAGACAUACUCUAUAGACACUGGUACAACUAGUUUUAAAAUCAGUUUAUGCACAGGAGUCCAGCUCUCUUGAUAGUAUGUGCAACUCCACCAGAGAUCACUGCGAAGUGGACCUCUUUCAGGGUCUGGCUUACAGUCCUUUGUUUCUCCUGGGUUUCCUUGUCAACGCUGCAGCUUUGCGUGCCUUCAUUGCAAAACGGGAUUCCUGGACAGACACCCACAUCUACAUGUUCAACCUGGUUUUAGCUGAUUCUGCCCUCAUCCUCUUCCUUCCCUUUAGGAUGUACGAUGCCUUCUUCUGCUUGCCUAAGACUACCAUGUGUACUUUCCUCAUGAACAUACAUUUCAUCAACAUGUAUGCCAGCAUCCUGACCACGACUGCCAUCAGUUUCCAGCGCUACCUGGCUAUAAGGUUCCCUAUACACGCCAGAUCGUGGACGAGGAAGAAAGAGGCAGCUUUUGCUGUGUGUGUGUUUCUUUGGGGGCUUCUGGUGACGUUCUGUGUUGUGUUCCAAAAAGAAAACUAUCCUGAAAAUCUCUGGACGUGUUAUGAAAGAUGUAAAGAUAAACCACUUAAGCUAAAAGUGAUUUUGUCUCUGAUCUUACCAGGCUUCCUCAUUCCACUGGUGAUUGUUGUGUUUUGUUCCAGUCAGAUCAUCUAUAUUCUGUUAAAGGUGGAUGAAAAAUCAGAGAAAAAGAAAAGCAUAAUUAGUAUAGUAAUGGCAAACAUGAUUGUGUUCAUUGUCUGCUAUACACCAAUUCAUAUUGGCUUUUUUGUCAACUUCUUGUACACUGCACCUCCAAACUGGCAAAAUCUAUAUAUACCUGUACAUAAAUAUCUACUUGUGUCUGAAUGGAUUGCUGCCACAAACUGCUGUUUUGAUUCCAUCAGCUAUUACUUCUUAUUGAAAGGGUUUUACUCAUAAGUCAGUGGGAGUACAACAAAUUUCCUGGUCUCUAUCUUUAUUUUAUUUUCUAAGGCUGCACAGAAAUAAAAAUAAAUGAUAUUGUUGAAGGAGUACUCCACCAGUUUUGCAAAUGAAGCUCAAAAAUGAAACCUGAUGACAUCAUCCAGGAAAUGAAUCAGCGAUACAAACUGAAGAUGUGUGGUUCAAAAGAUGCAGGCAUUUAGACAGAAUUAUGGGAGCUGCACUCAGUGUUUUUUUGUGUGCCUGAUACAUUCUUGGGACUAAAAUUCUGAAUAUAUCUA